AUGAAAACCCUCAAACUCCCUUCAUCCCUGACCAUGUUCAUCUUCUGCUACUCCAUCUUGAUCACCACAAUCAUCAACCAUUCCACCUCCUUAGCUCGAACCAUAGCCGACCCAACUCCGCCUCCCACCUACAGCCAUCAUCACCACCAUCUUCACAAGAACCUCACCUUCCUAAUGCAGAACAUUCUCAAUGCCACACACCAUGCAGCCACCACAAAGCUCACCAGCCAGAUCCCAUUUCCAAAGCCUCUAGGCUUCUUCCCUCCAAGCACAGGCAUCCUGAUCCCACAGCCUUCCAAUGUUCCUACGGUUUCAGCCGCUGCAGGAUUCACUAUGCAAGCCCUUGAUGACUCCACCAUUGGGUUGCUGUCAUUCCCAGCCAGAGCCACCCUGGAGGAGCUUGAAUAUGGGAGCGUGGCAGAGAUCAACGAGGAGUUGUUUGAGAACACUAGUUAUGGGCCAGUUGUUGUUGGGAGAGCACAAGGAGUGUUUGUGGCUAGCUCGGAGGACGGAUUCAGCCACAUGGUGGCAAUGGCUGCGAACUUCAACGGUGAUGGUGGUGAUCAGAAGGGAAUCAAUGGCGAUGGGUUGAGGUUCUUUGGAGUGCAUAGUAAGAAAGAUAAGGGAGAGUCUCACAUCGCUGUGAUCGGCGGGACGGGGAAGUAUGAGGGUGCUAAUGGGUUUGCAGUAAUGGAAGUUGUGGAUUUAGGUUCCAACUUUGCUCUUGUUGAAGAGUACAGAACCAAUGAGUUCCUUUUGUUCAGUGUGUAUCUCGGCUAG